AUGACGCCAGACAGCGUCCUCCUCCUGCGUGAGUCCAUCUCCGCGCAUCGGUCGUCGAGUCUCCACUGCGUCACGCUGUCAAGAUCCGCCGCCAUCAAUGUCGCCCGCACCCCACCCCUCUCUUUCCCCCUUCAUCUCACCCGCGCCAUCCUCGUGCCUGAGCCGCCCCCGCCCCCGACCCCCACCGCCACCAACCCCCAAGGCCGCCCGUCGCCCCGACGCCCCGCCCAGGCCUUGCGGCCGCCCCGCCGCCCCGGUGCCCCGGCGCCCCGCCACUCAGGCCGCCCGUCGCCACUCUGCCCCCCCGCUGCCCGGCGCCUCUCCGUCCAGCUGCCCCCGCCGCCCGGUGCCGCUUUGCCCAGCCGCCCGCCGCCUCUCCGUCUGGCCGCCCCCGGCGCCCGGCGCCUCUCCGUCUCGCCCCUCGCCGCCUGGCGCCUCUCAGUCCAGCCGCCCCCUGGUGAGGUGUUGACAGAUGGUGGGCGCGGGUCGAGAGCGCUCCGAGCCUCCUUCCUCGACGCGUGCUAG